GUGAAAAAUACAAAACUGGAAAUCAGAAGAGAAGUCAGAACUGAAAUACAGAUUUGGCUGUUAUCACCAUUUCAUGUAAAUUUUAAAAGGAGAAGGAGCAAGAAGAGUUGUCACUAUAGCCAGAUAUAGCAGGAUGAGGAUUUUUUAAAAGGCCAUUGGAUUUGACAGCUGAAAAAUCACUGAUGACUUCAAGAAGACCAGUUUCAGUAGAUGUGGGUGGGGACAGAGCCAUAUCAUGGUUGGUUUAAAGAAUGAAGGGCUAUGAUUGUCUAGCCAAGGUCAUUGUGCUCUUCCUCCUAGGAAACAUUGAAACUGAGGUCAGAGCCUCUCUUUCUCCCUCCCUCCGUAGCUUUCUCCAGACAGGGCCCACAACUGGAUGCCUGAGCUAGGGGCAUGAUGGAGGGACAAAUUAAGAUUGUUGGGUCUCUGGUGGGAUAAGGGCCCAAGGAUAAAGGAGCCUGAUGUUGGUGAGUCAUAUAUUGCAGGGAGCAUCCUCAGUGGGGGACAGUGGGUCAGGCCAGUUCAGAGACCUGUCUCUAGAGUGGGAAAGAGAAGACACACACCUAGAUCUCUGUUGGUUGAGGAAACUCUGGACCAAGAAGCUGGGUUAGAAUGGGAAACAAAAGGACCUUCAAGGCUGGGGGAAGAAACAUGGAAUUAGUCACAAAGUUCUGCCCCAGUGAAGGAGUGGAAUCUGGCAGUUUGGGGGUGGGGUCGGGGGUAGAAUCUGAGAUAGUAAACUGAUGUUAACUAGAAACUCAAGCAGGGAUGCCUAGGUUUCUUAGGGCACAGGGACUGGGGAUGUGCAAAGAGGAACUGUUGGCAGUACUUGUGACCAUAAAGAUAGUAGUGAGGGGGCAGUUUAUGAAUUGAGGGGUCAUCCCAGCAAUAUCUGGCAUAUAGAUAUUUAAUAAUUAUUUGUGAAGACAAGAGGUUAGGUAGUUCCUGGGGAUCAGGGGUCCUGAGUUUCUGAACAGGCAUAAGAAAAUACCUGGGUUCUAUUCAGGCAGGGGAUGGAGGCAGUGAGUAAGGGACUCCAGACAGCUUGGAGAUGCAAAUCCCAAAAGGGAGCUUUGUACCUCUAUGGGAGUUGGAAGCAAAGGUCCAACUGCAGGGUAGGGGGCUCACUCCCUUAACCCUAGGACCCAGGAGUUCCUAUGGAUCUACCAGAUUUCCCUGCCUACGCACAGGCACCCUUGGCUUGUAACGCCUUCUCCGCCCACUGGGGGGCGGGGCUUGAGGGGGCCGGUGGCUGUUCUGAAGCCUCGAGGGCCAUCAGUUCCUACCAGAGCCGCUGCAGGUGCCAUUCCACCCAUGGCCGGACACAGGCCCUCAAACCACUUCUGCCCCCUUCCAGCCAGUGGUGAGGGCGGACCCAGAGGGCCGAUGCCCCUGCGGGUUGACACUCUGACCUGGUUGAGCACCCAGGCGGCCCCUGGCAGGGUGAUGGUCUGGCCGGCAGUCAGGCCAGGGGUCUGCCCAGGCCCUGAGGUGUGGAGGAUUCCCCUGGGUCCCCUGCCACACGAAUUCCGGGGCUGGAUAGCACCCUGCAGGCCCCGUCUUGGAGCUAGUGAGGCAGGGGACUGGUUGCGACGCCCCUCCGAAGGCGCCCUCCCGGGGCCCUACAUUGCCCUGCGGAGCAUUCCGAAGUUGCCGCCGCCAGAAGACAUCUCGGGCAUACUGAAAGAGUUGCAGCAAUUGGCCAAGGAGUUGAGGCAGAAGAGGUUGAGCCUAGGGUACUCGCAGGCCGAGGUGGGGAUCGCUGUGGGAGCUCUGUUUGGGAAGGUGCUUAGCCAGACGACCAUCUGCCGCUUCGAGGCCCAGCAGCUAAGCGUCGCCAACAUGUGGAAGCUGCGACCACUGCUGAAAAAGUGGCUGGAGGAAGUGGAAGCAGAGAACCUUCUGGGCUUAUGCAAAAUGGAGAUGAUCCUGCAACAGUCUGGGAAGUGGAGACGGGCAAGCAGAGAGCGACGAAUCGGAAACAGCCUGGAGAAAUUCUUCCAGCGGUGCCCUAAGCCCACACCCCAGCAAAUCAGCCACAUUGCUGGGUGCCUCCAGCUGCAGAAGGAUGUGGUUCGAGUUUGGUUCUAUAACCGCAGCAAGAUGGGCAGUCGACCAACCAAUGAUGCUUCCCCACGGGAGAUUAUGGGGACAGCCGGGCCUCCUCGCCCAGGAGCACCAGUGUGCUUUCACCUGGGACUGGGGCUCCCAGUGGAUAUCCCCCACUAUACACGUCUCUACUCUGCAGGGGUAGCCCACUCCUCUGCCCCAGCCACCACUCUGGGCCUCCUCAGAUUUUAGGGCUGAGGGGCUUGCCCUUCACGGCACGGUUGGAGAGGGGAGAAGAAGGGAAAACCCAGGAAACGUCCCUAGGGUUCAUUUGAGGGCUUUUAGUAUUAAUUUCUCAUUCACUGUCUAAAGAAGUUAAGGAUACAUAGUAGGGAAUGGGGGUGGGAAUUGUUCAAGAAAAACCUGGGAGAGAAGAUGAAGUUUAUUGCAGUUUUGUGUUUUCCCUUUGUUUUUCCCUAGCAUUGGUUUAAAGGUACAUUACAGUAUAUAGAUGGUUUCGA